AUGCUUCUUGUACUUAAUGAACUCAAGAAUGUUGGUGAAGACAGACUCGCAAACUUCAACGCUUUGAAAUCAAUUAUAACGGAUAAUGAGAUUAGAAUUAAUGAAAAGAAUCAACCCAGAAGAACUGCACAGAAUGUUGCAAACUUCAUUUUCGUAACUAACAAUGUUUAUCCUGUCAAAAUUGAAGUUGGAGACAGAAGAUAUGUAGUUUUAAGGGUUAAUGGUAAAUUUAAGGGUCAAUUUGAUUACUUCAAGAAUUUGAUGGAUUCAUGCACAAAGGAAUUUUAUGAUAACCUUUUAACAUAUUUUAUGCAAUAUGACCUUUCAUCAUUUAAUGUACGAAUCAUACCAAUGACUGAAGCCAAACAAGAUUUAAUUGAAUUAUCAACAAAUCCUUUAGAUGUAUGGAUAAAUACACAUUAUGAUGAAUUGUGUGCGGGUAUGACAUGUAAAAAUGCUCUAUUCUGCAAACCAUCAGACAUGAAAGACAAGAAUUUCCAAAUGAGUAUUAAGGAUAAAUGUGAUAGGAAACAAAGAAAAAUAGAUGGUAAACAGACAUGGUAUUAUGUUUUGAAAGAAGAAAUGAAAGGAUUAUAUAAACAGGUUGAACCAAACGAUAAUGAGGAUUCAUUUACUGACGAUGAAAUACCUGUAAAUGAAGCUUUAUAA